UUCAUUUCAUUUACUGUUAUACAUGGUAUUUAAAUAGUUCCAUUAAGCCAUGACAGAUGAAGGCCGCGUCAUUCAAUGUGGUGAUUCGAUAGGUGUGUCUAAGCACUGCAGAGGAAAUCUGGGCAGCCGACUCACACGUACACCUUUGACCACUCGAGUGACCUCUAUCACAACCGUCUACCACACCCAUAUCUACCUGAGUGCAUCUCCCUCUCUCUUUCUCUCUCUCUCUCUCCAUUUCCUUCACCUCAUUCACCUUCACUCUCAGUGUCAACCUCUGUCUCAUCACCAAUUCCCUAGAAGCAGAUUAAAAUGGGCUUCUUCGAAUUCGCCAAAGUUAUGAUGGUUGUGUACAACUUGUUAAUCCUGAUGGGAGGAGCAGGCUUGAUAACUGCAGGGUUUUGGAUGCGGUUAACUGGAGAUGUCCUGGGAUCGACCUUACUGGGGGUGUUCUAUGUGAACACGGUGGAUACCAUCAGAGUGGACAUAUUCUUCAUUAGUCUUGGAAUUAUAAUGGCCCUGCUGGGAUUUUUGGGCUGCUGUGGGGCAAAAAAAGAAAGCAAAUGUCUCCUGAUAAUGUUCUUUUCCAUCAUUGCCAUCAUUUUCAUCUCGGAGCUGACGAUUGGGAUGUUCGCCCUGGCCUAUUCUUCAUAUAUUGGGAAAUUGCUAAAAUCAUGGGCCAGACCUGUCCUGCAGGAUCAAUAUGGAAGAGAUUUGCACUUCACCAGCCAGUGGAACAUGACCAUGACAAAGCUGCAGUGUUGUGGUUUUAAUAACUACACUGACUUCGUUGGCUCCUAUUAUUCUAAGCUCUAUGGUGAGAUUUACCAUUCCAGCUGCUGUGGAAACACAACAAUCAUAUGUGACAUGCAGAACGCACGUAACAGCACGGUAGAGGGCUGUUUUAAAAAGCUUGAAAACACCCUACAUGAACAGCUCUACAUUCUGGGAGCAUCCGCGGCAGGGGUUGCAGGUAUCGAGACUGGAGCGAUGCUUGUGUCCUUGUACCUAUUCUGCUACCUGGACAAAGAUGCCAGUUGAGAUGAUCAAGUCUGCACUUAAAAUAAGAAAAAUGGUUCCUCAUAAGUUUUUUUUGGAUAAUUUGAGGGUUCUUCAGUUACUAAAGGACUUCUAUAUGAAACCCUUUCUGAUAGGGAAACUCUCCGCUGCAGGGUUUUACUUCUACAAAGCGUUCAACCAGAACGCCAUAUCUUUGAGAGUUCUAGAUUUAGCCAUUUUUUAAACAGUUGUACAAGUUGUAAAUAGAUUUUUACAGUAGUGUAGCGGUGUGGGACAAGCCAUCAGCUGUCAAUGUGACUGAAUUCUGGCAAACAAUCGAACAAGAAGGUUUUGGCCAACAGUUGGUUUUCCUGCCUUUAACAUGCUGUGAUGUAUCUUUAAGUAAGCAUAAAUGAUAUAUUUCACUCUACUGACAUGGAGCUAUACAUUUUUAGAUUUGGAUGUUGGACAAAGGUCCAGUUUAACAAAACAUGGUGGUAAAAUCUUGCUAAAACAUAGAGAAUAUGGACAAGAAAACCUAAUGAGUUAAGUUUGCACUAAAAUACCAAAACUGUCACAAUGUCUGAUGCGCCUUUACCCCCAAGAUUUUAAACGCAGUAGUCACUUUUGAGGUAAACUCACUUAAAACCUAAUUCAGUGGCUGUUUAAUAUUUCUGAGAAAUAUUUCAGGAAACUCUGUAUAGUUUAAAAGACUGUAUAUAGAAGACUGUGACAAAGUUUCACCCUAUGAAGGGUUUUCCCAGGCCGCCACAUGGUUAUUAUAUUUCAGUAGUGAAAUAUAAGCCAAAGCUUGUAACACAAAUUACAUACACACUACUGUUCAAAAGGUUGGAAUUACACAAAAGGUUUACAUUUUUCAUGAAGACUCAAGUAAGUUGCAGGAUACAUGAAAACAUAUACUCAAAACAUCAGCAAAGUAACUUUCACUUUAAACGACAAUUUCAUGCUUCGAACUUUGCUUUCCUUAAAGAAUCCUCCACAUGCAGCAAUUAAAGCCUUGUAGACCUUUGGGAUUCUAGCUGUUAGUUUAUUGUGGUAAUCUGCAGAAAUUCCACUCCAUGCUUCCAGCAGCACCUCCCACAAGCUGAAUUGGAUUGAUGGGCAAUUUUGUCAUCUAGUCAAGCUCAUCUUGCAACAGCUCAAUAGAGUUGAGAUCCGGUGAUUGAACUGGCCAAUCCAUUACAGACAGAACUCCAGCUGCCGGUUUUCUUCCCUAAAUUGGUCUUGCAAUUGGUCUUUUCGAGCAGUGCUCUGGGUCAGUGUCUUGGCUCCAAUCCAGUGCUGUCCACAGGGUAUGGCAUGGCCUUGCAAAAUGGAGUGAUAGCCUACCUCGUUUAAAAUUUCUUUCACCCUGAACAAAAUUCCCAUUACCAACACCAAAGCACCCAUCAAGUUUUCUCCACCAUAUCAAGCACUCCUCCAGCAUCUUUUCUUUUGUGCUACACCUCACAAAUCUCUGUGAUGCGAACCCCUCAAACUUAGAUUCAUCUUUUUAUACGAUCCCAAUCAUCCCCUGUUCAAUGCCUAUGGUUUUUAAGCUUUCCUUUUAUAGUUACAGAUAUUGCUUUUGGUUUGAAAUCCUGGCGUUGUCUCUUCACUGUCUUACAGGGACUUUUUAAUAACAAUGCAGGGUGAGGACCCAUGAUGGGUUUGCUUGUCAAACUAUUGACACUGAUGUUUUAUCUCUGCAAGAUAUCUUCAAUUUUUCUUGGACUUUAUUUCUCAAAACAUCAUGUGACUGAUGAAUUUCUGAAGAAACUUUGAGAACAUAAUCAAACCAACAAAUGCUGACACUCCAGAUACUCCAGUGGCCUGAAGAAGUCCAGUUUUAUUGCUUCCUUAAACAACACAACCAGCUGUGUUGACAAUUUCAGGUUUUUGUUAAUGACAAAUUAGCCUUGUAACAUAAGUUUAUCUAACACAAUGUGCCAGCGGAGUGAUGGGUUCGUGAGAAAUUGCCUUUGUAUACAUACCAUUAAAAAUCCAGGUAUAUUUAUUACUGUUAUUCACAACAUUAUGAAUGUCUAAACUGUAUUUCUGAUCAAUCUAAUGUUAUUUUAAUUGGAAAGAAAAGAUUUUUCUUCACAUUUCAGGAAAGUAAUUCCAAACUUUUGAACAGUACAUACAUUACAGACAUACAUGUACAUACAUGCACACAUUCUACAACUAGUUAAAAACCUCCACGCACUUUAAGCUCAUCUUGUACUAAAUAAUGUUAUUUUUCCUACUGCAAAACAUUUACAGCGUGUAUGACUUGUAGAGUUCAUGUUUUUAUAAAUGACGCAUGUUGAUAACAAAAAUUAGGUUCACAAUAAGAAUCACAGAAUAGUAAUAAGGUCCAAGAGGCAUGAUAUAUGACAGGUUCCAGUCCUUAGAGGAAAGAUAAGCUAUCACACAUUCACUGCCGCAGUAAAUAAACACCACGUCUCCUCGUUAUUUUUGGUUGUCUGGAGCUUUUUUACAUUCACGCACCAGAGGAAAGUCUAUUGGCCAUUAAUUUUGUAGAACUGUAGUGAGGAAGUGCUAUUCGAGAGAAUACAGAUGAAUAGUCUUGGGUCCUGGUUAAAUAAGAUGCGGCACAGAAGAUUUGUUUUAUUGAUUUUUAAUAGACAAUGAUGUGCAAGUAAGAUUAUAUAUAUGAGGAUUUCGUUUCUGGUUGCAUGUGCAAAUAAGAGGUCUAUCUGUUGUAUCUGAACACAGCUAAUGUUGUAUAGAUUGCUUGAGAAAGCAGUGGAUCUGAAAGUGGGUGAAGACCUUGGUUUAAGUGCAUUCUAGUCUGUAACUCAGUCUAGCUCCAUCCUCCUCCAUCA